AUGCAAUUUUCCACCAUUUUCUUGACCAUGGGCCUCCUGUCCAUCACCAUGGCACAAUCAGGCGAUGUCACAAAAACAUUACCUGGCGUUUUCCCAGCAGACUGCCCUGGAACAAGAAAGCCGUGCAAAGAUCUUUGUGCUCCACUUGUGAGUAAUCCCCUUUUUUCUUUCCCGCCAUGAAGAAGUUACCUACUACUAGUUUCGUAGAAAGACAUUGGUGGGACAUGCUACGAAGGCGUGA